CUGGAUCGGAACCGAGGGUUCUGCUGUUUGCUGCUCUCCUGCAGCUCCUGAAGCCGCCGGACGGCGUCCAGGGAGAACGACAGGCCGUUCUCCUGCAAGAGGAGGCGGAUGCGAUGACUCAUCUUUCAGGAAGAAUAAUCUCAGCAGUUAUCAGCCGCCUCAGCGCAUCCUGCGUCUGUCUCCUCUUCUCCGCAGGACAACGACCAGAAACGACCACUAACUUUUAGCUUGUGCGCGUUUUUUAUUCCCUGUGCACCGGUGGUUUUUGCUCAUUUCUAGUCAUGAAUGCGCGGAGAAAGCCUCAGAGGAAGCGGCGCUCGGACCAGCAGCGUCAAGUGUCUUCGAGCCGCUCUUAAAAGCAGCGCCGCCGCCGCCGCCGCCGCCCCGUCGGGAUGGAGCUCCCCGUUCACGGCUCCUCGAACAGCAGCGCACCGCCCAACGCCACGGGCAACGGCACCGCUGAGCUCAGCCUGUGUGACAUCCUGGGUCCCCGCAGGUCCCCGUUCUUCCUCCCGGUGACCGGCGUGUACCUGCUCAUCUUCCUCACCGGCCUGUCCGGGAACCUGCUCACGUGCGCCGUCAUGGCCAAGCACAAGAAGAUGCGCAACCCCACCAACCUGUACCUGCUGAGCCUGGCCGUGUCCGACCUGCUCGUGCUCCUGUUCGGGAUGCCGCUGGAGGUCUACGACCUGUGGCAGAACUACCCGUUCCCGUUCGGCGAGGGCGGCUGCUACUUCAAGACCUUCCUCUUCGAGACCGUGUGCUUCGCCUCCAUCCUCAACGUGACGGCGCUGAGCGUGGAGCGCUACAUCGCCGUGGUGCAUCCGCUCAAAACGCGCUACCUGUCGACCAAUCAGCACGCGAAGCGCGUGAUCGGCGUCCUGUGGGCGGCGUCCAUGGCGUGCGCCGUCCCCAACACCUCGCUGCACGGCAUCUUCUACCUGCCGGAGCGCGCGGAGGAGUCGGCCAUCUGCACCGUGCUGCAGCCGCUGUGGGUCUACAACGUGGUGAUGCAGGUCACCACCGUGUGCUUCUUCUUCGUGCCCAUGGCGGUGAUCAGCAUGCUGUACCUGGUGAUGGGGCUGCACCUGGGCCGGGGGCGGCGGCGGCCCGGCGCGAGGCGGGGCCGGACCUGCGGCGGCGACACGCGCAGGAGGAUCCGGCUGGAGACCGGGCGCCGGAGGCAGGUCAUCAAGAUGCUCUGUGAGUCGGGUCGGUCCUCGCACGCGGUGCUAAUAUGAGUCAUCAGCACGGCGACAUGUGCUCCGCAGCCAAACGUGUGCGAAACGCAGAGCGCGCAAUGACGAGAGCUUUUCAAGCCUUUGUCUGGGCUGAUUUUAAAGGGAGCGAGGGCUUAAUGAGUCUGAUUCUCACACGAGAUUGAGAAGGUUUUUACAUUCCAUUUAUAGUCACCAUUUUCAACUAUUUGAUCAUUUGAUGGGGAAAAUGACUUUUUAGUCACAUUUUAUCUGAAAGCAUCAUAUAGUGAAUAGGACGACUGUUUGUUUUUAACCCAAGCAGACGAGCUCUUUUUGGGCUCAAACUCAUUCAUUCUCAAGUGGCUCCUCAGAAUCACACUGGCCUCCGUGCUCAACCAGCGGGUCGGCUCUUUUUUCUGUCCCACUUGGA